UUUUCAUUCAAUGUCACACGCAGAAGCGCGUGAAAAUACAAGUCGGUUGGUGUCAAACAAAAGUGCGCGCUUGCGUCGCUCGGUCGCCCGCUCGCCCGCUCGCCCGCCCGCAGCUCGCGCCAUGCCGCUGUGCGACAAGUGGGUCGCGCUCAAGACCCUAGAGUUCUUGUUCUGCGUGGCGUGCCUGGUUGCAAAGCGAGUGUCCUCUGACGACGAGGCUCGCCUGGCGCUGCUCUUGCAGAAGUUUUCGCGGGAGUGGUCUCUUCUCACGUCCGUUACCUGGGACUCUGUUGGCGGAGCCUUUGCUGAUGCUACAUAUGGGGGUUACGUGAUAAUAACCUUCGGACUUAUAUUGGGUCGGAUCUUUCAAGAAGUACCCAAGGGACGACGGAUUUUGGAAGGUUUUCUCCUCGGUAUUGGAAUGCUUUUCUUUUUAAUUUUGGGUGGUCUAGAGUUAGCGUCACUAGACUCAGUCCCAAGAAACCUAAUAGUAAACGCGUCUGUUCUGGGGUCGCUGUCGCUCGCUACCGCUAUUCUAUUUCUAAUAGAUCUCCUGGGACCCAGAGUGUACACAGCAACACGACCUACGCAAACCGAUUCAUUUUCUUCACCGAAACCCGAAAAGAAAGUUUCCAUACUGUCCAUAACGCCAGCAACUAAUGGCCACGUGCCUAACGGAAAGCAAAACGGACACGUUCCCGCUGAGAGGCCGAAAGAUUUAGAUCUUAACAAAGCUAAGGAAAAAGAAACGAAAAACGAAGAGAGCAGCUUGUUCGACGAACCCGAUAGUGUGUUUACGAAAAUAGACAACCUUCCUAUAGAGAAAGAUCUAGAAAGAUCAAAGUUUGGAUCUUUGCGCAACGGCGUCGAGGCAGGAACUUACGUUCGGCUCUCAGAUCCAUUGUCAAUACCAGACAAGCUGCAUUAUGAACAGGAACUCGCCAAAUUCAAUGAAAAAUAUCUGAGAGACUAUUUAGAUAACGUAGCGGGGCGAUUGCCGGUGAAGGAAGACUAUUUGCCUGAAUUACAAACGCCGGUGUUUUCCAAAGUGAAAUCGGGCCGAUUGAAACAUUUGCACGACGACCUCUCGCCGUCGUAUGAAAAGAAACAUCAAUCUAAGUCUCCGACGAGAGCGAAGACGGUCCCUUCACCGACGAUUCAGCAACUUGAAGACUAUUUACGGAGUUCCAACAGGUCGAGACGGUCUGAAACUCCAGCCUUAUUCCCGAUGGAGCCGAUCGAGGAGAAAGAUAGGGAAGGCCCGGACGUAGAAGGGAGAGCCACCGGCACUCCCACGGACCCCGGCUACGUGCAGUACACGGCGGGCAGGUGGCCCGACAAAGGAAGGCAAAUACGGACGCCCAGGCACAGUCCGACGCAGUGAAUUAAAUAACGAUGUCCGACGACUGGAGUUAGUCAUCGCGAGACGCGAACUCGAUGUGGCGUGAUUAAUGAGUGGCCGUGCAAUUAGUGGUAGAGCUGACGAGUGCCUCAGAGCGACUCGAGUGUUGAAUAAGUUUUCCGGCUUGUAUGUUCGGCUAAUUAAUUGUUAACCAAAUAUAUGCUGCCAUAGUCUGGUGUCAUAGUUGUUUAUGUGUACAGUAUUUACCGAAAUCAAUUUAAGAAAAAAAAAAUAACUAUACCUGGUAGUACGUGUUUGAGGAAUCUUGCAACUGAACUUUAAACCAACUCCUUUCAAUCGAUUGAACUGAAAUUUAUCACACACUUGAAUUUAAUCUAGUGAAAAUACAAUCGGGUAUAUCAGAUUUUAUUUGUUUUAGUACACGAGUCAAAUAAAAUAGUGUUAUUAAAAAGGUUUUCUAACUUCAUUUAUAAUUGAUGGAAGUAUUUUCAUUGAAGUUCUUUUAACUACCGAAAACACUGAUUUAAUUACAACAAAUAUUAAUUAUAUGUCUUGUUUUAGCUAUAUACAUAUGUGUGAAAAUAUAGUUAUAAUUCAAGAUGAUUUAAUUGGGAAUAUUUAAUUCGACAAAGUUUUAGACUCUAGAGCAGUCGUCGCUUGUCUUUCCAGUGUCUUUGUUUUUGUAUAUAAGUGUGACUCAUUACAUUAAGACUUUAGCUAGAAUUCAUUGAAAUUAGUUCCCAUACAUAACAUAAAGUAAUAUAGUUUGUAUUAUUUGAUAUCUACAAUUUUUUUGUGUUCAUAAUAAAUUAUUUCGUUUACGUAUUUUAA